AUGACGACAUCCGUGACAAGCCGUCACAACUGUGACAAGCUAUCACGAAUGCCAUCAGCUAGAUCAGACUUGAGAAAUUCUCUGCCUACUAUUGACGACGAACUUGAUGGGCUAUCACAACUAUUAAAAGCUCCAUCAGGUAUACUCUACUUCAACACUUCUUUGCUUGUGAUGUAUGGUACUCUAAAAUGGCACCAAAAAAGAAAGAGUCCUACGGAACCAAAGAAAACAGCCAAAGAUGAUGUACAUCGUAAGCUCCUCAACGAGGAAUCUGACUACGAGGAGGAGGAACCCUUGUUUAGAAGGGAGAGGUCUGAAAAAGGUGAGUCUAAACAGCAUGAGUCUGAACUUGCUAAAGCUGAUGAAGAGAAUCAAGAAGAAUCUAAAGAAUCUGAGUCUGAAGGAAUAGCUUUCGGGUCCCCAUCCACUGAGCAACAAGAUGAUGAAGAGUUUCCACCUCGGAGGACUCUUAUCAAAUAUUUGGAGAACAGAUUUGAUGCCUGGGCAAAAGAGAUGACAGGUUCUGAUCUUGCUAUAUUCAGGGCUGCGUUGGAUAAGGUUAAGGCUGAGACUCCCCAAAGAAAAAAAAAGAAAAAGGGGGAAAAGAAAGGCAAGAAUAAGAGAGAUGAGCCAGAUAGUGAAGAAAAAAGAAAAGCGAAGAAGAAGGCAAAGAAGAAGGUAGAAAAGGAGGAGUUGAAAAAGGAAAGAUUGCAGUCUAUGGCUGAUAAUGAGAAAUGGGAAGCAGCCAAUCGAGCUAGGGCUGUAGGUGCUUUAUCUUGCCAAGCUCUGACCACCGCCAGGCUAGAUGAUCCUGAUGGGGAGAAGAUAACAGAUGAUACAGUAGCAGGGUCAAAGACCCAGGAUCCACGUGCUUGA